CAAAUGUAAGGUUUGGAAAAUUUACGUUGGUAGAAAUGCCAAAGAUCACCCAACCAAAUUUUCCGAAAAUUUAAGGUUAUGUUGUGUUUAUAUUUUGCGUACAAUUUGCUAAGAAUGAGUUUUUCCGUGUAUUAAAUGAAUAUGGGAAGUGCUAACAUUAAAGAAAAGUAUUUUCCUAAGUUAGUGUUAUCUGAAAAAUCGUCAACAUGGUGUUAUCUUUGGACACUCUUUCCACCGAACUUUUACUGAAAAUUUUCAAAUAUUUAGACCUUCGUGAUUUAUACAAGCUUAAACAAACAUGCAAGCGAUUUAAUGAGAUUAUUGAUACUUGGGGUGGUGUACUUAUCGCAAAUGUGGGGCUUCUGGUUGCAAAUCAAGUGCAUCCAGUCAUCAGCAAUCGAUCUUUUCGCAUAUUGUCUCCAUUUGAACGUAUCAGAAUAUCGAGAAAUUGGAGUUCCGGGCGUUAUGAUGAGAAAUUGUUACUUUAUAGUAAAGUUAGAUUUUUUCAGUGUCUCCAUUUGGAGAAGGAUUUAUUGUGGAUUAGUAGAGAAGGACAUAUACGUGGGUAUAAACGUACUAGGGAUGGCAUAGACACAAAAAAUCCCAUUUAUACCAUCAAAACUAGAAACAAUGCAGACGUUUUCUGCUUUGUUAAAAAAAACAAUUUCAUUCUGAGUGGACAGACGAACGGAAGUCUUUUUUUGUGGGACUUAAACACCCAAAAAUUUGUAAUUGAAUUGGAACUAUCUCAAGGGGCUGAUGUCAAUUGUGUUGACUUGCUUGAUGAUGUUCUUGUUUCUGGUUCUCGAGACAAUAUUGUAAGAAUUUGGCGAAAGCCCUACAAUGAAACCAUUAUUGAGCAAAUUACUUUGUAUGACCAAGUAUGGUCUGUCGCUCUUUGUGAAGAGGACACAUCACUACUCGCUAUCGGAACAGCAGGUGUCCACCAUAGACCUACAUUAACUGUUUUUGAUUUGAAUAAACACAUGGACGUGUUGAAAUUUACUCCUGAGCAAAUGGGGGCCGGUGUUUUGGACAUGAAGUGGGAAAGUCCGACAGUUUUAUGGUCUGCCGGCUAUGACAGCUGUAUCAGAAGGUGGGACUUGAGGACGGGCAAUUGUGAACAAGCGAUGGAGGAUCCUUGUGGGGCUACAGUCUACUGUUUUGAGUAUGAUUAUUUCAAUACUAUAGUAAGUGGGACCUAUAGUCAUGGGAGGGCAGUUUUGUGGGAUACAAGACAAAAUAAUUUUGUCCAGAUGUAUUUUAUGGAAUCCUGUCGCCGGCGUGGGAGAAGCUCCCCAAUAUAUAGUUUAUCAUUCGACGCUGAAUUUCUAUUCACCGUCACCGAUGUACACUUGAACGUGUUAAACUUUUCAAUUUAUGAGGGUAAAAUCAGGCGUUAUGGUGAUUUAUUCAAGAAAUAAAAGUCUGACGUAAAUAAAAUAAUAUAUUUCACAUACUCUGUUUAGAUUUCCAUCAAUAAAUAAUUUAAUAUUA